AUGAGGAGGCUCUCGCCGUGCUGGGCCCACGGAGAUGUUUGUAAUUCUGUUAAGCUGCCCCAAAAAAACACACAGAAACCGAAAAACCAAUACAGUUUGAUGUUGUUCAUUGACAGCAAAAGCAAAAGCCUAGGCACAAAGGUUCUAAUCCAUUUUUGGGCGCUUUUCUUUGAAGGACUUGUAGUGGGAUUGUGUGGUACUUUAAGGUUUGAUUGUGAGGUGACUUGUGGGCUGUCGAAGCUAAUGCGUUUUUUGGCUGAGCUUUUUCUUUCUGGAGUGGGAAGGAGUGGAGCUUUUUCAGUUUUCACGGCAAGUGACUCUAACACGUUUUUGAGCGUCAGGCUGAAGAGAUUUGGGUCGGCUGCUUUUUUAUCUUCAAUUGCCACUGGCAAUCGGCACCUAAUCUACGGCAUUUUAUUUGAGUGUUUGGGGGCACGUUGUAAUUUUUGCGACAAAUGUGGCAUGCGGCAGCCCACAAAGGCUCACCUGCAAUGUUAUCCAAAAGGUUAUGUUGUGGUGGUUGAAGGUUACCUAACACAAAUACAGGUGACAGUCAUGGUUGAUCAGACUUUACCUGUUGAGCUUGAUCUAUUAAUUGUAAGGGACCUGUUGUUUAACAUAGAUUAG